AUGUUAAUCUUUGUCAGGUGCGGCUAUGUUCUAACGGAAGAAUCUCUUUCACAAGUUGGAGGAGUAACCGGCCAAGAUCACCUUCAAGCGAAGGCCUCGUGGGUGUCCCAUUCCACCGGGACAGCUAGUGAUGAUGUUCUCCCUCCUGGGUUUGAGCUAGCCCAGUCUUCGAACCAAUCACAAAUCAAAGCAUCAGAUGUUCCUGUCAUCAAAUGA